UGCAUUUUUCCCUUUGAUUUUAGAGUACUUUCUUGAAAGACAAUUGAAUAGCCCAUAAUUUGAUUGCGCAGAAAAUGGUGCUGAAAUUAAGUAUGGACGACGAGAAAAGCAAGAAAAGGGCCAUGAAGGCUAUUGCAGGAUUACAAGGAAUAAUAUUUUAGGAUAGUAUUUAAAUAAUAUGUUAUGUUAAAAUUUAAUUAUGUAGUUUUUGAAUCAAAUUUAUUAUUUUGUAAAUCUAUUUUUUUUGGUAUGAAUGGUUUUCUUAAUACUUCUUGUGUCUAGGUAGCGCUACCUAAGUAUUAAGAUUUCUAAGGAGGUCACUACUUAUGUAUUACUCCAACUCAAAUAUGUUUGAUCAAGGAAUUUUAUCUCAAUCAAGCUUAAUUAUCUUGUUAUCCACUUGAAUAAUUAAGCACUCCAAACAAGUUUGAUCUUGUGGGGAACUCUAUGAUUCAGUAGAUUUCAAUUGAAAGAAUAUUGAAUGAUUAUUUUUCUAGAAGUCGCAAUACUUUCACCAUGUAAGCAUCAUGUAAAUAUAAUAAAUGAUAUGUGAACAAUUUAUACUCAUAAAAGAUGAGUUCCUAAUACUACUCAUGCAAUAUGAAUCAUUUAGAAAACUACUCUGUAGAACUAACACACUGAAAAAUUACUUCUACUUAUUACAAACAAUAUUUGUUUUGCAGGUGUGGAUUCAGUGGCAGUAGACAGGACAGAGAACAAAAUAACUAUAGAGGGGGCCGCAGACCCAGUCUCUGUCACAAACAAACUCAGAAGAUUUGGGUACACAGAAUUAUUGAGCUUGGGUCCUGCCAAAGAAGAGGAAAAGAAGCCUGAAGAAAAUAAGCCACCAGAAGAAAAUCCAUCGCCAGUCAUAUAUCUUCCUGCCUACGGCUAUAACGAUUAUGUUACAGGCGAAAAUUCCACGCCCUGCACUAUCCUUUGAAAAAUGCAAACCACAAACUUUAAAUUAAUUUUUCAACUUUAGCCCAACAGUUGAUGCUGGUGCUGGAGUUGCUGCAACGGACACUCAUGGCGCCCCCGAGCAAACGCCCUCGCAAAUUUGUUCCGAAAGUGUUUCAUGAGAUUCAGGUACAAGCUAAAAAGGUGGCCUACCUUGAGGAGCUCCUCCAACACUAGGGCGAUGCCCCUUGUGCGAUUGCCUGAGUACCGUCGGACUCUGUCUCUGUCAACUGUACUCUGCCCCGUGGCCGCCACCGCGGUCACAGCUCCUCUGCUCAUCACUCUCAAACCCCACGGUCCCAGCCUCCCCAUCGCCCCUCAGGUGGGAGAGAUGAUGAUUGGCAAUGCUACUCGGCUUCUCUGCCACAGUGUGGCUCUGCCUCGAGGUGGCCCUUUGCUUCUCUUGUGGCCUUUUCUCCUCUUGUUGCUACGGAUUCUAGGUGGCCCUCUGCCACCACCUCCAAGUUUCCUCGCCUAGCUCUAGCGAUCUCGCCUCCUAGGCAGGAGGAAGGAGAAAUUGAAAAAGAUCUAGAAGAUGAGUGGUCUAUGCCAAACCCGACUCCUAGCCCCGCUGAUGUAUGGGGCAAAAAAGAUGACCCGGAUCCUCCUUCCUCAGCUGCCACUUCUUUGGCUGCUUGAGGAAGUUUUUUGAUGAAUAGCUUGUUUUUUUUGUUUCCGGCCGAUGGUCGAGUGACUCUCAUGGGGGGUGAUCUUGUAUCCCCCGGCCUUUUUUUGUGAAUACAUACUUCAAUAUUUUUAAUUAAUAGAGAAGGCCUAUUCAUCAA